AUGCCGCCAUCUUUGAGAAACAGAGCACAUGCGCAGGACCCAGAUGACACAGAUAGCGAGGUCGAGCUAAGCUUCAACGGUCACGCCGCCGGACCACAUGAUAUGCAAGAGGAAGACGACGAGGAAGAAGAAGAUGAAUUGGUUGGAGAAGAAGACGACGACGACGAGGCCCCUGGUGCACCCCAAACUCCACUUCCCAAUCUCGACCCUCCGCCUCCCCAUCUGCGCGAAAUAAGCACUCUGGCUUCGUGGACCGUAUCCAGCUCCAAGCCCGGCUGCAGCAUUCCCCAACUCCGCCAUCCCUCUACCUCACUGUUCUGGCAGUCCGACGGCCCACAGCCGCACUACCUCAACAUACACUUCUUCAAGCUCGUCCGGAUCGUAGGAUUGCGGCUCUUUCUCGACUUCGAGCAAGAUGAAAGCUACACGCCCACGCGCAUCAUCUUCCUCGCAGGCAGCGGCAUGAACGACCUGCAAGAGUGGGGCGAGAUGAAGCUCGAAAGCCCCCGCGGCUGGAUCUGGGCUGACUUCAGCGCCGUCGGCGACCCAGACGACGACGGCGACGACGAAGACGAAGAAGGCGACACGCGAAUGACCGACCGCGCGCCUCUCCCCAUCGACACUAUCCAACCCACACACCCCACAGACGCCUCAUCAGACUCUGAGAACAACAAUCCCCAGCAUCCCCGCCAGCAGCUUCAAACCCCCCAAUUAGGCUACGCACACGCGCAAACUCCUCAAUUCCACCAAACCCCGCAGACUGGUAACGCCCUUGGUCAGACUCCCCAGUACACACAAACACCCUCCUUCACCUCCCCCACUGCCCGGCCCCUCCCUCGCCAGCCCUUCGCCGCACUCGCCACAAACCCCAAUCCUCCGACUACGCCUGCGUCCCGGCCUCGGCGCAUGCCCGUCUUGCGCGCGCACCUGGUGCAGAUCAAGAUCCUGGAGAACCACCAGAAUGGCAAGGAUACGCAUUUGCGCGGACUCCAGAUAUUCGCGCGGAAUGAUGAGAAGGAGGGUGGGGUUGGUGGCGUGAGGAUUACGGGGAUGGAUGGGGUGGGGAUGAGUAAUGGAGUAGUGAAGAAGGGGAAGAGGGGAGGGGUGGAUUUGGAUAGGGUGGAGUUGGGGGGGUUGGGGGAUGAGGUUUGGGUUAGAUAA